GUUUAACCCCUUUGCGCCGGCCGCACGCAGAUGUGCGGCCUCCCGGCGUCUGGGCCUAGACGCCGAGCGUGCCGCACAUUUGCGUCCAUGGAACUAAAUACAUAUGUGCUGAGAGCGCGCGCCCUGCGCGCUCCCCGCACACAUGUCCAGUACUCAUGGAAAGGUCUCGAUCUCCUCUUUCGAUCGGGACCUUUCCCGAUCAUGUGACCGCCGUGACGGCGAAUCACAGCGGUAACAUCACCCUAAAACCCUGCCCGCCUCCCGGCUUCUGAAACCCUUAAAGGGCCGGGAGGCGCCCUGCGCCAAGGGGUUAA